AUGGCCGCAGAAUGUUCUCGCAAGCCGCCAGCGCAGUAUAAAAGCCCUCGUCGCCGCUGCCCACCGCCAGCACAAACACAAGCACACGCAAAGGCAAUGUCUGUCUUCUACUACGACCCCUUCACCGACUUCGAGCGCCUCUUCGACGACGCGUUCCGCGCUCGCACCAACAACACCCACAACCAGCUUGUGCGGCCCACAUCGGAGAAUAGCGCUGUGCAGGCAUUUAGGCCAAAGAUGGACCUCCACGAGAAUGCCGCCUCCAACACCGUGACCGCCACAUUUGAGUUGCCCGGCAUUAAGAAGGAGGAAGUCCACAUCGAGACCGCCCCCGGCCGCCUGCGCAUCUCUGCUGAGUCCAGAAUCUCGGAGGAGCACGAGAAGGACGGCUACGCCAUCCGCGAGCGCCGCUUUGGCAAGUUCUCGCGCACGCUCCAGCUGCCCCAUGGUGUUAAGGAGGAGGAAAUCAAGGCCAGCAUGGAGAAUGGUGUUCUGACGGUGACCUUCCCCAAGACCGCCGCUGAGCAGACGCCGAAGAAGAUCACCAUUGCUUGA